GAGCCGGUGAGGAAACAGGAGCAUCAGAGACAGGAGACUCCACACAGACAGCAAAAUCCAGAUGCUUACGCCUUUGCCCGCUUCAACGGCGGAACGCUCUGGUCUUACCUGUUCUGCGUUUUGACGGCCAUGGAGCUCUGAAACAUCUCUGCUGCUCUUUAUUGAGAAACGGAUGGGAUUUCGAUUCUGGAACUAUUUCAUUAGGGCUCUUCUCGGGACUCUUUCCUUUUACUCAGACUGAUUCAUUCCCUUUCCUGCAGUGUUUUCCUCUCCGUCAUGAAACCUGAAUUUACUGCUAUUAAAAUGAAAGCAGAACUGGACUUUCUGUAAGUGUCAGUCAUUCAGUUGGAAGUUUGGCACUUGGAGCUGUUUGGAUUAAACAUGUGGAGCCAGUCAGGAUAUUCCAACCACCAAUCUCAUCCUCCUCACCCCUUUUACCAUGAACCCUACAGCCAUAACCAGAAGACGACUACUUUCAUACAUCCAGUGACAGGCCAGAUCUCUGCUGAAAAUUCUGAUUUCAGACUUCAGGACCAGACUGGACGACACAUGCUGAAGCAACCACAGACGACCACACGGCCCUCCAGCACCAUUAGUGAGGCCUCGACUACCGUCACCUCUUCAACUCUGGACACCACUUCAGGCUCAAAGGGAUCCAAGUCCAGUGGAAGGGUCCAUAGCUUUGGCAAACGGGAUCAUGCCAUAAAGCGGAAUCCCAGUGUUCCUGUAGUGGUACGUGGAUGGCUCUACAAACAGGACAGCUCAGGGAUGCGGCUGUGGAAGAGAAAAUGGUUUGUUCUAGCUGAUUAUUGCCUCUUCUACUAUAAAGACAGUCGUGAAGAGUCUGUGCUGGGGAGCAUUCCUCUGCCCAGCUACACUAUUGCUCCUGUGGGACCUGAAGAUCACAUUAGCCGAAAAUAUGCCUUCAAGGCUACACACACAGGGAUGCGCUCCUACAUUUACAAACAAAGCUCUGUGAUUGGCUCGCAGGCGGAGCACACUGGGAUGAGGACGUACUAUUUCAGUGCGGACACACAGGAGGACAUGAAUGGCUGGGUCAGGGCCAUGAACCAGGCUGCACUGAUGCAAACCCAUACAGUGAAGAGAGACGAGUCGGAUCAUCCAGACCAAGUGAACAUUUCCGAGAAACUCAAGCAGCAGGCUGUUCCGCAGACCAACCACAUCAACAGCUUCGUGAUUCCAGAACCCGAAGUCAUCCAAAGUGACAGGCUGCAGGAGGAGAAGCAGGAAGGAUUUGUUGGAGAAGUGGAGAUUCAGGUUGCUCCAAGAGAGAUGGAGCAGGUGAGGGGUAAAUCUCCAGCGAGCAGGAUAGUGGAGGUUUUAGCUCCAGGGUCAGCACCAGCAUCCCAAGUUCCCUCUCGAGCUCCUUCCAGGGCCGUCUCGACCCCGCCAGUGCUGAGGAACGGUACACCCAUAGAGCAGAAUGGCAUGCCUGGGUAUCAGAGGGGGCCUACACCUUCUUCUCAAACUCCUGUUCAGGUACAGAGGAGGAGUGCACUGGAGCAGGUGGAGAACUGGGUCAAAGUACAGAAGGAAGAAAGCCAGGGGUUGGAUUCUACUGAUGGCACAAUCCCACGUCGGACCCCUCCCAUUCAUCCGAAGUAUGGCACAAUAGACAAGUACCAGUCUUUACCAAAGACUGCACGACAAAGCCCAACAACUGCUCCCCAUCAGUUGCCCAGUGAAUACAAAUAUUCCCAUGACCGGUUUAAUCACUUCCAGAUGACCCACAGCCACACCCAGCGACCCGCGACGCAUGACAACACUGUGUGGCAGCUCUUUGAAUGGCAACAGCGACAGCAAUAUCGCCACGGCAGCCCCACCGCCCCCGUGUACACUCCGGCUCCAGACUACUCCACAGCCGUAUCCUCCACCAGAGUCAACUCAGACAUUGCUCGCUCUAUUUCUGUGCCUCCAACCCUGGCAGACAUCCCUCCACCCGGGCCUCCUGGGCCCAGACUGCUGUCUCCACGCAGAGCCCACACUCCUGCAGAACGCUUUACAGUCAAACCCCUGGAGGACAGGCCCACCGUGGCGGUGCCACCGUCAAACUCUCCUCACCGUCUACGCUCCUAUAAGUCAGCCACAAUAGAGAGACGCUCAAUGCCUCCAUCCGGCUAUAUCACACAUACAGUCAGUGCACCCAGCCUGCAUGGAAAAACGCCGGAGGAGCUCACGCUUCUCCUCAUCCAGUUACGGAGACACCAGGCCAUGAUGGCAGGUGUGCGCAACAAUGCGCUGGCCCACCUCCAGCAGUUGUCUCGGGUGAAGGCUGAUGACACAUACAUGCACUUGAAGAAGGACCUGGAAUAUUUAGAUCUGAAGAUGAAAAGUUUAGAGCCAUUGAUCCUCAUGGUUCACAGUGUGUUACAAACCUGCACUGUGGGGGGUUUGAGACCACUCUGGAACGUAAGCACUGUCAGCAUCCAGAGUGUCCGCGUUCCCAUUGCUUUACACGGUGCACAUAGCUUUGUGUUGGCACAAGCCUGGCACCUGCACGCCUAUCCUCCCUGCCUUUUGUGAGUGAUAUGUUGUGCUGUGGGUAUGUGUGAUUGGGUCAAUGAAACGGCAGGUCUGGAUGGGACGGGCAAGCUCAGUGCAUGUGCAGGGAAUGACCCACAUUUAGCCAGCUGAUUCUCUAAUGCAUUCUGUUUCUUUCUUUAUCAAGCUAUUUAUCUCAUAAGAUCCAUCAAUAUGAUAUCUAGUAAUCGGUCUUAUGCGUAUCUUUCCCCGUGAUCUA